UUGCUGUCUGUGCGUUGAAGUUUAUUCGCGGCUGAUAGCUGCCAAAGUGCACGUCACUUUGAUUAUGUGUUCAAAAAAAAUUGUUACAUGAUUUUAAUAAGAUUGCCUCAUUUGUAGGUUACUAGUCGUUGAUCGUCGCGUAAUAUGCAUUAAAAUAUUCCAUGGCAUUAUAAAAUCGCGAGUGAUAUUUUCUGGGAUAAUAUGAACUGUUUUCCUAAUAAUACCAGGAUCUUUGUGAUGACAUUGACAUGUGUACAAGUUUCGCGGGAGUUUUGAGUUGUUUGUGUCCUUUUUAGAGUUUGUGUUUCCAUGUUUGGCUAUAGCAAAUUCAACAGUUUCCUCGGUGAAAGUAUUUGGUAGAGUAGCGGCGAGCCGAUGACGUUGCUUGUACAACUUGUAUGUGCCCUUGUAUGAUUGGCAGCGCACCAUAGUAUGUGUGCAAUUCGUCGACACCUUCCGCUUUAAGUUAAUUGGCAACAAACGUGAAAAAGUUCCUAAUCCGGCAAGAUGUCGUUCACAAUGAAGGAGGGUGGUUUCCAGGAGACAGAUUUUAUCGUUUUUUUCGUGCUGUGCAUAUCAUCAUGCGCAGGCGGCCUCUGGUACAGUUAUACCAGCUCCUCCAAGAAGAGAGUAGUAGAUAUUAAGGACUACCUCCUUGGUGGGAAAACGAUGACGACGUUUCCUGUAGCUUUAUCAUUAAUAGCAAGUUACGUCUCCGGCGUGACAAUCCUGGGCACACCAGCGGAGAUCUACAAUUACGGCACCCAGUACUGGAUGGUGGUAUUCGCAGUAGCGCUGAGCUGUGCAGUGGUAGCCGUGGUGUAUCUACCAGUGUUUUGUCUCCUUAAACUGUCAUCAUCGUAUGAGUAUCUGGAGCUACGAUUCAAUCGAAAUGUGAGAGCGGUGGCAUCAAUUCUCUUCUUGUUAGAUGAGGUUUUGUUCUUACCGAUGGUCAUUUAUGUCCCGGCUUUGGCGUUCAACCAAUUAACUGGCUACAAUGUUUAUGUUAUUGGAUGCGUUAUGGUUGUUAUAUGCGGCCUUUACACUGCUUUGGGAGGACUCCGAGCAGUGGUGUGGACUGACUCCGUGCAGACUGGCAUCAUGUACCUUGGAGUAAUUCUGGUGGCUGUGGCGGGCACUCUGGCUGUGGGUGGGGUUGGUACCGUCGUCAACAUCGCCAAGGAGAAUGGACGAUUCGACUUGUCCAACUGGGAUCUCAGUCCGUACGAGCGCCAGACUGGCUGGGGCGCGCUGUUUGGAGGCUUCUUGUACUGGACGUGCUUCAACUCCGUCAACCAGACUAUGGUGCAGCGGUACAUCUCGCUGCCUACUAAGAGGAAAGCUAUUUAUGCUUUAUCAAUCUUCUCUGCUGGGGCAAUACUGGCUAUAACCCUUUGUGCGUGGAGUGGGUUAGCCGCCUUUGCCACCUGGGUGCAAGGGGGUUGCGACCCGGCGGCGGCCCCGGCCGUGGACGACCGCCUGCUGCCAGCCUUCGUCACCUAUGUGUCCAGGGUCAAAAAACUCCCUGGACUACCGGGCGUGUUCUUAGCUGGUGUCUUCGGUGCUGGACUAAGCUCCUUAUCUGCAGUCCUGAAUGCGUGUGCCUUGGUGGUGGUGGAGGAUAUCAUGCACGGCUGGUUGCAGAUCCACCUGAAGCCACUAUUUGAAGGCAUCCUGGCGAGAACCGUUACAGCAACGUUGGCAAUCGUGUCCGUUCUAAUGCUCAUCGUUAUUGCCAAGCUGGGAGGGGUUCUUGGCGUAGCAACAGCACUGUCGGCGAUCGCCGCUAGCGCCACCUGCGGGAUCUUCACCCUGGGCAUGGUGUGCUGGUGGGUGGGCCCGCGCGGCGCGGUGGCGGGCGGCGUGGCGGGCGCGCUGGCGGCCGGCACCGCGUCGCUGGGCUCGCAGGCCGCGGCCGCCGCCGGCCUCUCGCACCCGCCCCUGCCUGUCACCUCGUGCCACAUUUCGACCAACUCUACUAUUCCAUUCGACCCUACCACGGUAUUCCCCCUGUUCCGAGUGUCGUACCACUGGAUCGCGCCCCUCGGCUUGACAUCAACUCUGGUCGUCGGAGCGCUAGUCGGGUAUUUCUUCGACAAGAAUGACCCGUCCAAAUUGGACGCAGAGCUGUUCACGCCCGUGAUAUGGAGGUGGCUGCCGACGAAGGCUCACGAGAAUGCGGGCUCCGUGAGGAGGGCUGUGGCAGCCUCGUCCAAUAGCCAAGCACCCCCUUCGUCGCCGCUACUAGUACCGAAGGUAGAUAAGAUUGAAAUGCACGAUCAGGAACGCAGUUGAUGAGGGUAAGAAUCUAUUCAAGAAAUUGUAAAAAGUGCACAUUGAUUGCAGAGAAAUUAUAGGAAAUGGACCAAUAUCACAACCUUUAUAAGAUGAUGGUAGAGUGUGUGUUGUAGUAGAUAUGUUAGGCAUUUUUAGGAUAAUUGUAAUAAUGAAACUAAACAAGGGAUGGGACCAAGUAAUAAUAUAUAUCUUUUUUUCAAAAUAUGAAUGGUUUGAUAAGACCGUAUGUAUGAAGUUGAUAGAUAUUUAAAUUAUAUAAUGCGUGGUCUCACCAACGGGACGCAACUGAGGUAAAAUGUCAAAUAUGGUACAAAAUAAGACAAUAAUUACCUAUUUACGCCAUAAAGGUGACAUUAUAUUCACGUUUUGACCAAGUUUUGUCGACGAUUAUUUACAACAUUUUUUUUGAAAUUUUAAUCCAUUUUGUAAUAAAUGUACUAAGUAUAAUUUAAGACUCACGAAAUUAUGAUUUUGUACUUGUCUCUACCGUUGUGUAUUUUAUACUUACUGUGUAUAACAGUAUAUAUUAUAAGAUAUCAAUCUAAUCAAUUGGUAGCUAUACCUAUUUACUACGAGUAUAUGUUCAUAUGAUCACGACACUUCACUAAUUGAUGCUUAUAACUUUAGAUGUAGGCAUUUGUUUUGGUUGCAAUUGCAUUAGUAAUAGCAUUUUAGUAAAAUCCCGAAUAUUUUUCUUCAGUAUUGUAUGGUACUUAAAUUAAUUUAUGUUAUAUUACAAUAAAAUUACAAAAGAUGAUAAAAAGGCAAAUUUAAAAAAUGUGUAUUUUUGGUAAAAUGUCAUAAUCAAUAAUGCAGCAGGCCUGCCUCAAUUAGUAUUUUGAUUUAUAUUAUUUUAUAUCUAGGAACCUAUAUUACUAAAUUAGCUUUAUUGAUUUGAUAAGGAAGCUAGACACAUUUGUAAUAUUUUGUUUAGUGUAUCGUACAAAAGUUAGAUAUAUUACAUAUGUAGGUGAAUUAUAUUUAUUUUAUUUACACGGAACCGUCAAGACCUAAAUUAAAUCCUUAAAUAAAUAAUAAAGUUUAAUAUUGUAUUUAUGGAAUUGAUGUAAAAGCAAAAAAGUUUCUUAUAUUACGAAAAAAUAUUUGUAAGUACCUGAUUUCGUAAGCAUAGUACUUUAUGUACAUAGAGUACCUAUACCUAUAGCCUGUGUUUAAUUGCUAGGCGAAUCUCACCAUCACACUAUUAUUUUCUUAAUAAAAUGUACUUACUUAAACAAUGUCACAUUGUAUCCAAAAUUAUUAUUCUAAUUAUGUAGCUUAACAAUGUAACUUGUGUUAGAUAGUUAUAAUUUUAUAUGUAGUGUACAGUACAUCAGCGGGAUACGCAAAAAUAUAGAUCUUAAAAGCAAUUAGUUAAUGAAUGAAUAGGCAAAUAUUGUAAAUAAAUUAAAAUUUACCACUUCUACACAAUCUAACAAACAACAUCAUGUUUUAUGAAGAUAAAAUGAAACACAAAGGUAUCGAAAUGGCUUUCAUGCGAUUCUAUCAAGUGUCAACGUUUCUUACAUUUUUAAAAAGAUAUAUUUUUUUACAAUGUUUUACACAUAACGUCUGUUAAAAAUAUUUUUUUAUGUAGCUAUAUAAACUAACAACUAAAUUUUGAUUUGCCUGUGUGUCAUAAGAUAUUUAACAGGUACUUUCGAGUUUAGGUACCUUAUCGACGGGUCAUGAAUAUUGUGAUUACUCUAUUAUUCUCGCUGCAUUAUAAUGUAUACUACAAAAAUUAUACAAUGUUAAAUGAAUACCGUUUUAAA